GGGUUCCAGCCGACGUGUGGGUGCGUUCGUCAGUCGCUGUUUGGGACGCUGGGUGCGCGGUUGUCUUGUCUCUGAUCGGGUUUCGCUGUCACAGCCGGUCCCUUCCCGGAGCUCGGGAGAGGCUGGGCGCGCGCCCGUGUGUGUGUGUGUGUGAGCGGGACUUAGGGCAGAGCUGUCUACUCGUUGCCUUUUUUUUUUUUAUCUUUUCUCCAAAGAACGGGGCAGUUCGCACGCUUGCCAUCCUGUAGCCCAGUUGGGAGCGGGGUUGGUGUGCGGAGUGGUUCGUGUUUUUUAUUCUUUUUAACUUGUGAGCGUUUUUUUUUUUUCCUUUUUCUUUUUUUAGGCUCAGUGCCGUCCGGGCUGGUUUCCCCGGUCCCUGACUAACCGCUUUCUGCCCCUUCUCUCGCCACCCCCGCCCAAGGUCGCCCUUCCGCCUUCGCCCCUGGCCCGAGAGGGUGGGAAGCUUUGUCCCCGCCCUGCCCACUCGUGUGUCUCCGCUGCCGUAGCCGCACCUGCCUCAAUAUGAAUGGGGUCAACGACCCGCCUCUUUUUAUAAAAGACAUUAAGCCCGGACUGAAAAACUUAAAUGUCGUCUUUAUUGUCCUGGAGAUAGGACGCGUGACCAAAACCAAAGACGGCCAUGAAGUGAGAUCGUGCAAAGUAGCAGAUAAAACGGGCAGCAUCACUAUUUCCGUGUGGGAUGAGAUCGGAAGCCUUAUACAGCCAGGGGAUAUUAUUCGGUUGACCAGAGGGUAUGCAUCCAUGUGGAAAGGAUGUCUGACACUUUAUACUGGAAGAGGUGGUGAACUUCAAAAAAUUGGGGAUCUAGGUACGGUGCAGGCAGCCGCAAUGCGAGCUUCCGUACACUACCACCCUGGUAAUGAUCUCCACCCUGACCUGGAGGAACCAUCCUCUCUAGGGGUGUAAAGAUUUUGUAUGGUUUAUUCAGAAGUGCCAAAUUUCAGCGAACCCAACCCAGAUUAUCGAGG